CACCUCGGUCCUACACACUGCGGCCAUGUACUAGAUGCGCACACACACACACAUUCCAGGAUUUUCAAAAUUCUCAUUUCGGAAAUACCAAAUUCAUGCAUCCACACUUACAAUUCGGCGUUCCAAAAUCCAACCGAAUUCGGCCCUUGAAAGUACAAACAACGACGGUUUGCACGUGAAAAUUGUUGAAAAAAUUGAUGUCAAGGUGCGUAGAAAACGUUCAAAAUUCGGUCCGGCCAAAAAAUUGAAUAUUUGGUGCCCAAAAUGUUGAUUUAUUGGCAUAUUUCUACGCGUAUCGAAAACAUGGUGCAAAUGCAAUGAACAUGUAUAGUGAGUGAUAGAAAAUGGUCUGUAAUACUCGUAGAAGCUCUCAGAACCUGGUGCGAAAUGAAAGGAGGUGACGAAUGUGGUAACCCCGAAAAAGUUCGCGGACGUGUACCUGUACGAUAUGCCCCCUAGUAGGUGCUCCCCGGUUCCCCCUUCAGCGUCUUCCACAGCUGCGACACCGUCUGCUAGCGAUACGUACGACGUGCCGCCUAGAGCUGUCCCCGUCACCCCCGGGGGCGGCUGUCCCAGGUGCUCUCCGCAACCCCCGCAAGGACACCAUACACCACAUCAGCCGGGGAUGGACGCGUACGACGUGCCUAGGCCCCUAACAGCUGGCCAUCAGCUGCACCAGUUGACUCCCAGCAGUUCGGCAAGUUCUCUAACCACAACCGACUCGUUCAGCUCGUCGAACCGAAGCAGUUUGGCCAACAUGCCCGACUACGACGUGCCGAAGCCCAUCAGCAGGGUGGUCCAACCCGUUCCCACUUCAUAUUCCCACCUUCCUACUCAUCCUUCCCAUCCCCCUGCUCCGCUCAACUACGACGUGCCCUCGCAGAUCAAGGAGCUACCCCUGGAACUGAACUCCGCCCUGGAGAAUCUGGAGAGAUUACAGACUGAUACGACCAGUGCUAUUUCUAAAUUGCUCGGAUUUGUUGGACCCCAGUGGAGGACAAAAGACAAACUCGAGCAAAACCUAAUGGAAAUCAAGCUUGCCGUGACGAGACUGCAUACGUCGUUGCACGACCUCGCGGAAUUCGGCGAAGGGACACUUGGCAACGCCGCAAGAGCCUCUGACAAGAACUUGGCGGGAAAACUGGCGCCUUUGGUAUCGGCCAUUCGAAAAUCCGACAGUUUGGUGCAGGAAGCUUCCGAGAAACUUAACAAACACAACUGGUCUUUAGAUUUGCUCUCUAGGUCGGGCGACGAUGAUAAAAUGCACAAACCUGACGAGUUGGAGCAGUUAGUAGCCUGCUCCAGGGCUCUAACCGAGGAUAUCCGUCAGAUCGCCUCUUUCAUCCAAGGCAACGGAUUAUUGCUCUUCAAAAAAGAAUCACAAACUAACCCUGAGUGGGUUGAGGAAUACGAUUAUGUCAGUUUAGACUCAAAAGAAAAUAUAAACAGAAACCAUGCUGAAAUUUUAAAAGAACUACCAAAAGAUUUGAAAAAAGGCUACGACCAAUGUGUCAAACAUGCGGACGACGUUGCGUUUGACGAUGAUCACAAAACGGCAGGAUUGGACGCUGACGAUAAGCAGCUACUAACUUUUUAUGCGGCACAAGUCGUCAAUCAUCACACAAACCUUACACACGCGAUAGAUGCAUUUCUUCAAACUGUCGAACACAACCAACCCCCAAAAAUCUUCUUGGCCCACGGAAAAUUCGUUGUCCUCAGCGCGCAUAAACUGGUGCUUAUAGGUGACACUGUCCAUAGGAACGUCUCAUGUAAAGAAAUUAAAGAUAGAGCGCUGAGUUGCGCCAAUGCUCUUGCAGAUGCUUUAGCUGCAAGCGUGAACAAAACUAAGAUGGCCGCCCUGCAGUUUCCUUCCGUGAUUGCGGUUCAAGAAAUGGUCGACUCCAUAGUCGACAUCUCACAUUUCGCUAAGGAUCUGAAGGUAUGCUUAGUACAGGCCGCAGUUCCUAAUUAAAAUGUUUUGUUGGUGAUUUUUUGUUCAGUAUCAGGACGUUUUUGAGCGAGUUGAUGAAAAAACUUAUGCAUUACUACUUAAAAGCACAUAUUUAUUAUAUAUUUCGUUCGCGUUCUAUCGCCUGUUUUUAUCUGUAUUGCCUCCUAUCGAUCCUUCCAGAAAAUUCGAGAAUAUUUCCAGGUUCCAGACUGUAGCUUCGAUGGUUGCUUAUAUAGGGCGUUCCUUAAUAACAUGCUAAAAUUUAAGUUGAUUCUUGAAACCAUUUUAAGAAAAAAUAUCAUAUGUAUGCAUAACCUAGACGUCUUAACCUUUGAGAUACAAGACUGUAGUUUUCAGAAAAAAAUCUGUAUUGCAAAAAAAAGUUAUGCUAUUGAAGAUAUCUUUAUGAAAUUUGGUAGAUAUCAUCUAUGCGUCAAGGUGCAUUUUUUGAUGUACAAACAAUUUUAUUAUUUCUACCAGUGCCGUCAGUACGGGUUUUGCAUUGAAUAUUUUUGGACAAAAAAAAAUGGUUCUCCACUGUGUCUUUGUUGAAAAACCAUUUUUGAAAUCAUAAUUCGUUUUUCAGCAAUCUUGGUCUCUUAAUUUUCUUUCGUUUGUCGCAUGAGUUUCGUUUAAAAAAUUGUGGAAAACGUUUGUGUAUCAGCUAAAACAAUACUAGGUGAUCAAAUUUGUCCAAAAAUGUAUGAGAAUUACAAAAAUAAAUAUUUUUUUCUUAUCGGCAUACCGUUCUUGAUAUUAAACUCACUUAAUACUUUAAAAAAGAAAAAAAGAACGAUUUCCGCACAGCAGUCACCGCAUCAGAUUUUUAGCGAUUUGAUCCGGAAGAAUAACGAUUUUUAAUUUUUUAAGCGAAUAUCAUACGUCGGACGAUAUAAAAUCAACGAAUCAAAUUUGAUCAGAAAUGAGUGAGGAUUUCAAAAAGGGGUUUUUAUUUAAAGAGAAAGCAAAACCCGUGCGGAUGCCACUGGUAGGAUUAAUAAAACUGUACAUCAGAAAAUGACGCAGAGAUGUGUACCAAAUUUCACAAAUAUAGCUGCAAGAGUAUCACAGUUAUUAUAUAAUACAGAUUUCUUCCAGAAAACUCUACUCUCUACUUUUCUUAAAAUUGGUUCAAGCAUCACCUCGUUAAACAUUGACGUGUCAUUAAGGAAGACAAGGCAAAUUUUACUGUAGUCUGCAGAUGGCGCUCAUGGCGUCACAAUAUCUUGGUCUAUGAUACAUUCAUUGAAGCAAAACUCAUGUCCUAUCGUGAUUUCUCAAAAAUCUGUUAUGAAAAAAUAAAACGGGAGUUUAGUUUUAUUUUCAAAAAAUGCUGAUUUCAAGAGCAAGAAUCGCUAAUUAAAACAGUUAUUUAUCUUCAAACUACAAAUAUCAAUUUUUUAAUACAGGAAACUGAUACAAGUUGCACAAAUCUAAAGAUUCUGACGCAAGCUAAACUCCAAUACAAUAAUUUCAAAAGGUACACUGCUCAAUGUUUGUAAAAAGAUUUACCAGACAUCACAUACAUAUGCGCUACAAAAGCAAUCUCAAAACAGAUACAACAGUUUAAAUUCAGAAACAGUAAAAUGUAAACUUUUCUCCUGAAUCAAACUUGAAAAUUCAAUCUUUUAAAAAUACACAAACUAUUUUUGAAUUCAAAAAUUUGAAUUGAAUAAAAACAGGUAGACCAGAAUUAACGAUUAGCAAAUAUCUUGGAACUUGCCAUAUCUUACAGUCUUGGGUUCCAGUGUUUUUGAGAAUCCGUAUAUAAUUCCGGAAAUCCCAGAAAUCGAGCAAAAGUAUUAAAAAAGCGUGUAAAAGAAACCCACGAAUCUGUCGAUAAUAAGUUCAUUUUGGUUUUUUAAACUAUUUGAGUGAUAAAAGUCUAUAUUCACAUCUAAUUCUUUUGUGAAUCCAUUUUUAAAAACAAGGGAUAAUAUAAUUGAAUCAUUUACGCGCUCAAAAAUGUCCGGAUAUUGCCAUGCAGGUGCACAUUUCUCCUAGUAUUUUUGAAACGUGAAAAGUGAGAAUUCCGUCAACCAGAAAAAAUGUUCAAAUUGAUAUUCUGUACAAAAAUUAUAUAAUCCGAAAUAAAGUUGGUUUUGAAAAGUUGGUACCCAUCUUAUUGUAAAAAAGAUAAGUAUACUGUUGAUUGCUUAAUCUAAUUCAUAACAUUUUGUAAAUAUAAAAAAAUGUUACUUAUAUUUCAAUUAUAAUUUACAAAUGAUUUUUUGAAAAUAUUUGUCAGUACUACAUUCGUGGGUGGUUUUGAUGAAGUCAUUUGUCAAUUAUAGAUAGCUUUCUUGUUAUUUAUUUUUUAACUGUAUAUAUUUAUUUUAAUUUUAAUAAAAAUAAUUGAUUUUAUUUUGUUUUUUUUUAUUUCACGUAAAUUUUUUAGCGAAUGCAUGAAAAUGUUUGGUUUAAGACGUUUACAUCAAUCUGUCAUUUUUUACAUUUUUUUUUCUAAAUCACCCGUAUGUUUAGUGAAUUUGACAAUAAAUGUUUUGACAAUAAAAAACAGGAUUAAGCAAUCUCGAGAUAGGUGAAAAUGUUUUGGUUACAGAAUACAACAGUAAAACAGUCUUGGCCGAAUAUUAUCGAGUACGAGAUGUUGACCCCAGGUAUUCGAGAAAUACCGAACUAUAUUCUAAAGUAACCUGUUCAACUAGAAACUUCGCGCACAAAGCUAACUUUGUAUAUCAUCUGGAAUACGCUUACCAACACGAAAUACCUUAAACGUCACAUUGCAGUGCCUAGUUUAAUCAAGAUAAAAAAUAUAUAUCUGAUUAGCCUUAUACUAUCACGAAAUAUCUGCAAGGCAAAAGACAAAUUUCUGAUAUCAUGGAAAAUCUGACAUCCUUGAACAUUCGGGGAAAGUUUGAUGAUUUUUCCAGUAGACUGACUGGUGACUCGAUAUAUUUUAGGAACUUUUGUCCAAACAAAUUCAAGCAAUUUGAAAACAUUUACAAACAAGAAUUUAGAAUAACCCUCAAAUCCAGGGGAGGAUCUAGAAAAUGUUUUUUGGAUGGGCCCAAAGAAGCUCAGGAUUCAUGUUUAGGAAUAUGUUUCGGGGGAGGGACGGUCGUCUAGAAAUUGAAAAACACUGUCAGAAUUUCUUUAAAGUCUGAUAUUGCGGGAGGAUACCCACCCAAAUCUGAAGAUAUGUUUUUUAAUCAACAUCAAGCAUCUCCAAUACAGCUAGUGUCAAAACCUAGGUAUCUGCAUUUUGGUUGAAAAAGUGUGACCCAGUAAUAAUAAAUAAAAUUGAAUCCAGCAAAAAUAUUUUAUUAUACGAGUCAAGGAAGAACGAAAACAACGAAAGAGCAUUUAAAACUGUAAAAAUAUUUUGGAUAUAACCAAAAAUAUCUUGAGUCACCAUCUUAAAAAACACGCACAUUUCUCUGAUAAUAAAUAUAGUUUGAACCAUAAUAUUCAGGAAGCAGUAACAGUGAUGGUAAAGGUGAUAUAAAAAGAAAGUAACAUCUUAUAGGCAUUUUUCAAUUGGCAUAUCAUAAAGGUUUGUAUAUCUAUACAGACUCUGGCGCUUUAAUUGGUCUGUUAACUUUCUAUCAUGUACAUAGGAAACAUACAUUCUGUUUGUAAAAUAUAUGGUGUAUUAGAUACUAAGUAAAUUGUAUACUGAAUUUGUUGCGCAGAACUAAAAACUCUUUUCGAAUAGGUACUCCGGUAAAGCCUAAAUUCAUGAUUCUGGUGUCCGAGUUUAUACAAAUAAAUUAACUAAAGCGAUAUCCAUAGUAGUCAGCAAACAAACAUCCUUUAAACGUCAUAGAUAUGAACACUUCGCAUUUGUUGGAGAAAUUUUCCAAAUUGUUUUUUUUUCAUAUCACGUUCAUUAGAUAUCCCUUAACAUGAGUGAGUAGUUUGCUGAGCAGUAAUCUAUGCAUAUUUCUUCGAACAUUCUUUUUUCCGUAGGCUGAAUAACAAUACUUUAAAAUAAACUAAGCCCAGAAUAGUCUUAGGGGUUAUGUAGGGAAAGGUAUGAACUUUAGACACCAACAUCAAAAAAGAAAAUCCUCAACAAAGUUUCUGAGCCUUUUCAGACUUUGCAUCACUUAUAACUCGAAAACCGUCAACUAAACAAAAAAGUUCUAAGAACCUUUUUUAUCUAGAAUGACCGAUAAAACGUAAAAAAAUUGUCCUGAGCGUCACGCAAAUAUUAUGUAAAUUGUUUGGAAAGGAUUGUUUAAAUAAAGUUGCACCGAGUUACCUCCCUACAUUGUCGAUAUUCAUGUUAAAGGGUAUCUUCCAAAUGCCAAAAUGGCAAAAAAAUCGAGUUGGAAAAAGUCUCCUAAAAUUGCAAAGUUUCCAUCUCGUCUGCCAAGUUUUCAUCUCAGGGUAUUUAAUCCACGGACGUAUCUAAACAAUUUGCUGCCAUUAGCUUAACUGCAAACCAUUACUAUUCAAAAAUUAGAACACUCAUGUAUUAAAUAUUCGUACAAAAAUAUCUGUUCCAAAGAAAAUAUUCACGAUGCUGCCCAAGACAAAAUCAGUAUGUAAAACAAAUGCGUUUCACUACAUUUGACAGAUGUUAAAACAAGAUAGUUCUGCGCAGAAAUAGAACAAUUUUUUUUGACCUAGUACUUGCCGCAUUUGUGGCCAAGCCGUCUAUGAAGAAUCAGUAUAUAUAAGUGUUACUAGCUGUCUGUGCAAUCAUCGAAGUACAAAACACUAUGUAUGACAGUUUGUGCUUGAACUGUCAUACUUAGUGCCAGUCCUUCACAGAUUUCUUGCGUGCAUUGAUUUGGAGACAUAUUUCAUGGAAUCAGAUAUUCACUAAUUUAUACCCGAUGUUAUUCAAAAAGGUCACCCCCUACCCUCUUAUUUUUUAACGGGUCAAGUUAGCAAGCUAAAACUUGGGCUGAUGAAAUUGGAGAAUGUAUACCAUAUUUUAAGGUAAACGUGACAAUUUAAAUUUUCAAGAUAGAACAUUUUUAAACGGAAGGUAGGGUUACGUGAUACUUCAUAACAGUAGAGAUAUGUACUAUCCUUCAAAAUGACUGGUGAGCUGUCAAAGUUGAGCGUUUUUGUACAUUGAAUCGUUUUUAACCGAGCAACUAAUCAUCAAAACGCUGUACGAUAUUAAUCUUCUGCUUUUGGGAUAGUUUAUCUGAAUGUGCAAUAAAACAUGAGAUUCCACUGAUUUUGUUAUUUUUUUAUAAUGAAAUGUUCUAUAUUUUAUUUGGAUGUAUUCUGCCAAGAGAACAGGAUUGAUAUACCUGUUUUGAUUAGUUGUUACAUUAUAAGCGAUUCAAUGUACAAAAGGGCUUGCCUCUGCCAGCCCGUCAGUUCGCCAUUUUGAAAUUUAUAUUCUAUGAUUAUAAGGUACUUUUAAUAACCUUCAAAAUAAGGUAACACACUACCCGCUAUUCUGUCUAAAAAAUGUUUCCAACAUAAAAUUUUCAAGCGUUCACUGUAUGCUAAAAUAUAGUUUCAUGUGUCUAUUUCAUCACCUCGAAUUUCAGCCUGGCAACUCGUUCCGUUCAAAAAGUAAGCGAGGGAUUCCUUAUACUCAAAAAAUAGAUUUGGAUUUCCCCAUGACUUAUGACGCUAUUUUACCUGAUACGUCUUGAUCUUGAUCAUUUCCUAAGUUCUAUGUGUUUAGAAACUAAAAAUACCUGUUGAACUCAAAUCAUUUUACAUGACAAUACUUUUGGCAUAUUCCAAAAAAUUGUCUAGGUUCGAAGUAUAUGGCUUCAAUUCAGAGCAAGUAUGAACUAAAUUAUGUCUUAGUUUUUGCAAACGGCAACGCUCUCUUCUCAAAAUCUUCAGUUUGCGAAAGGGAAGACGUAGUAUUAGGUAAUGUCAUGAUGGAUGGUUCAGUAGUAGCAAAUUCUAAAGCACAAAAGCAAUACGAAACGCACAAAUUCAUGCCAAAAAUUACUGAUAAGUACAUGUAAGCCCUAAGUAUGUUAUCAUCUUUGUAUAUCAAGAAAAUGUGAAAAUUUUGAAGUGCUUCUAAUUUGAUCGAUUCACGAUUCUUUUUUUCGAUGAAAUUGUAGUUUAGGUAAAAAGCUGUGCCGUACACCUCGCAAAUAGUCCGUGCUAUGAUAAAUACUACAGUAUUCUAUAUUUAUAUCUAAUUUAUAACCGAAAAUAAUCAUUUUUCUGACUCAACUAUUGUAGAAAACCACUGAAAAAUCCACAUUGUGCAAUGUUGCUGCCAACGCCAAUAAUAUUUAAAAACUGAAAAUCAACGUUUUCAAAAGACAAUUACGUGACUAGUAUUGCCCAUAACUACAUUAUUUUUCCGGCGCUAAAAAUAUAAUAUUUAUCAUGCUAUGCUAUUAAAAAAAACGUUAGAAGCACUUCAGAACAAGCAUGCUAUCAAUACACAUAGCCUAAUAGCUGACAAAAUCCACUCUUCUAAUCCGUGUGUUGAAAGUAUUCUUAAUCCUUAAUUUCUUAAUUUAAAUCCAUUUUUCAUUGACUAACAAUUUUGUGCAAUCCAUAAUGUUGUAUGAACUUUGUCCGAACGAUUAUCCUUUUAAAACAGAUAAAAUCUUGAAAUGCACGUUGAUGAUUUCUUUGAGAAAAUAUUCUUAAAUGUAACGCAGUAAAGAUAGCAUCGCAUAUUGAUAUUCUGGAACUUUCAAAACACCAGAAUUGCAUUAGUCAAUGAAAACAUGGUAUCUGUAAACUAAUAAAUAGUAGAUAAGUUCUAAACUUCCACUUCAAACCUUAGCGAUCAACUUCCUAGCUUACUUUUUCAUACUACUAUUAAUACUCAAAUAUUCGGCACUAUUAAGUACAUAAGUAUAUAUCUGUUUUAAACUAGGCACGGAUUUCUUUAUUAAUGUCCGGUUACAUGCAGGGUGUCCACGAAAAAACUUUCUUCUGGAUAAAAAGGGCUCCCAUCAAAACAUCUAAAACAUUCUAAAAUUCCUCUUACGAUGACUUUCGAAAAUUGAUAUUCAAUCGUUUAUGUAAUAUUAGAGAUAUUUGUAUUUAUUCAUAUUCAGCCUCGAAACUGGAAACACAUAAUCCCUGUUUUAUAUCUCUAUCAGAACGCAAUAUUUUUUGAUUAAAAAAGAUUUCCGACAAAAAUUGAUAUGGGGGCCCUAAAAAUUGAGUUCAUUAAUUUCACUUCCCCUUUUUAUGAGGGUUUCCAAACAUAUGACCUCUAUAGUGCAGGUAAAUCUUUAGGUAAAAAAAUGAAGAACAAGAACAAUACAAAUUACAACCAGAUAACCGUGAGACAACUGUCCGUACUAAAACGACUAGCCAAAACUAAUAUAAGGAAAAAAACGUACAAAAAAUAGGUUCUCAGUUAUGUGCCAGUGUUGCCAAAUCCUAUAUGCUUGCCCUAGUUGUAUCUUGUGUAUGGAAUUCAAAAAAUAAAGUCCAGUCGAUUUUCUCAAAAAUGUUUCCAAAAGUUGGCAUCACUGGUUGCAUCACUGUACUUCCGAGGUAUUAUACAAAAUUGAUGACGUUUUCAAAAUUGGAAUGUGGAGUUAUACGUUAGUGAUGAAUCAUUCUUGCAACGUCCAUUGACAAAAAAAUCUACACAGAUCUACUACGUCUUCGUUAGUAAUAUUUUUCAAAAUUUUCUCUUCAUAUGCCACUAUGUCAUUUGUCCAUAAACUGAACUGAUGAACUAUGCACCCUGAACAAAAAAUGCAUUCGAUAUAUAAAUUUUAAUAACUUUAACAUCCUGGAUGAAGAUUUGUCUUAUUCUCGCUGAAAAUCUGACAAAUCGUGGAAAUCGAAGCAUUAAAUUUGUCGUUUUGAAGUUUGAAAAUAUCUUAUUUGAGUAUUUAAAUGAAAAAAAAACAGUCUUGAUAGUACAUCAGAGUUGUCAAUUGUAGCAUACCUAACAGUCGUUGUUACUAGUUAGUUGAUAGUAGGUAUGACAAUCUUGGUCUUCCUGUAACUGCAGGACAGGUAGAUUAUGUCUACCUACGUUUAGAACAGAGGAUCACAUCAUAUUUGGGCUUUAAGCGUCUCAGAGACGAAAUUGCACAAAAGUGUAGUAAUCCUUCACAUAUGCCUGUGUCAGGGUUUGUAAAUCCAAUCCAAUCAAGUCCACGAUAGGUGAAUUUUGGAAUAUAUCGAAGCCUACUUACAGUCAUAAUAAAAACAACAUCAAAGACUUAUUCAAUAGGUAACAGAAGGGGUUCCAGAAAGUUCAAGCGUGAAAGCAGUCACAUAUAAAAAGUACUGCUACAAUGUGAACAUCUAGACAAGCUUCCUUGAGAUUUCUCCGAAAUUGUGCGACACAAAUAAUUACCAAACAUGAACAAAAUCAACUAGAAUUGAGAUAAUAAAACAUAUUUAUAUGGCAAUGAACAAAAUACAAAAAUACUCUCCCAUUUACAAAAACUAUAGCAAAUUAUCAUAAUAGAUCCGUACGAGCUAAUUCCAGAAAAACUAGGAUUAAAAAUCAUCCAGUCUGCUAAUCCAAACAAAAUGGUCUCAAGUUGAAAAAAUAUAAAGAUUUUCAUAAUAUGUAGCUACAGUUUUCUUAUAAUAAAACUAAAAUGUUCGGCAGUUCUGUUUAUCUACGUUUAUGCGACUUUUCAUCAUAAUUUUUAUUUUUUUUCAAACUAAUCGAGGUUUUGGUUAUCUCAAACUUUUUUUAGAAACAAUGAAAGCAAUACACUCAGCGUACAUAUAGUUGUAUUCACAGAGUUAUUCUAAAUAUAUGAUUUUAGUUUCAGCUCAGGACUACAAAAGCAAUUGUAAAAUCUUCGGAAUGUGUACCUACGAAAAAUAGGAAAUAUUUUAUCGUAUGGAUGUUUUGUAAAAAAUUGACGUUCCUACUACAAAAUCUACCUCAUUUUUUUCACAAAGUCACAAAACUUGUGAUUUUCGAUACCACCUACCUCAAGUUUUCUACUAAAAAUAUCUCAAUAUGACUUACACUUCCUUUUAGUUAUGAUUAAUUUUCAUUGGUGGGAAAACUGAUAAAAUUACGUAUAAUUCCACUUCAUAUCAAAAUUAAUGAUUUUUUUGAAAGGAUAUAACCCUCUGUCAAACAUAGCACGCACAAAUUUCAAUCCUCUUUGGAGAACGAAUGCUUAAAAUCAAUUAAACUCAAAAAUCAGUAUUAUUUGUUACCUCGGAGGUAUAUUUAAGAUAAGAACUCUUCUAAAAAAAACUGUAGCAAAACAUGACGUUUGAUGCAUUUCAUUUGAUAUGGAAAAAGUAAACAAAACUACCGGGGUGUCAGGAAAAAAUAAGUAGAAUGUGUCCUUAAAAUCGAAGCAAAAUAUUAUAUUAUAGUUCCUACCGAUUAUAUCCCAGUGAGGUUUGGACAUCUAAUUUGCUUCGAAUCCGCAAAAUAAGCAAUUGUGAUAAAUACUAACUUAACAACAUUCUUCGUGCCCAAUCAUCAAAAAAUAGAAGUUUGUAGUAGUUCCACCACAAUCGGACAAUUGAAAAUGAAAAAUUUUAUCCUCUGCUACGAUAAUUUCUUUAACCACGACUGCAACGGACAAUUUAGACUAAAAAUAUUCCUAUUCCAAAGAUUUGCUUCACUUUUGAAAUGCUACAAGCUUCAAAAUAUUGAUGCAUACAAGAUUUUGCGAAAUACAACCACAAAUAUGCAAAAGUAAAGAAGUUAAUAGUCGGUAUAUCAUGAAUCAUGAAACACAACCUAUAUUUCGCUAUGUGUCUUCGAAAUUUCAUAUAAUGCAUCACGAAAUGAACUAAAAACUGGUUGUUUAACUCGCAAAAUCCAAGGAGCGAAGUAUAACUUAUCCUAAUAAUAUAUGUGAAAGGACACCCUGUAUCAAAAUGCAGUUUGCCGUUCUUACAAGUGAACAUUUAUGAUAUGAGGACGAAAAUCAGUCUCUUAUUUGGCAAUCGAAUGUUAAGUCCACUCCAUUGAAUUUAGCUGGAAAUGAUUCUAUAUGUAUAAACGUUUUGAAAUUGUUGGGUUAAAGUGUUUUAAUAAAGGCAACUCCACAUUACAUUCCAUCAUGGUAUUCUAAAAGCAAUUUACAUACAGAGGCCAAAUUUCACUCUUUUUGGAGAAUAAAGCUAGAAAUCGUGGAUAUUCAAACAGAAAUUAUGUGUAAUGGCAAAACCGUUGGUAUGUGGCGAUAGUCAAUUUCCAUCUACUUGCGCACGAAAAAAUUAUUUACCACAUCUAAAAGGUUUUGCAAGAACUGUCAAAAUUCCCAUGUUUGCAAAGUGUAUCAGUACGUAUUUUGAAAAAAUGUUGAUUAAGGUGCGCGUCGUCUGGCUUGUAUCGGUAGUUAUUCGCGUACGACACAAAACGUUUGGUUGACGUCUAUGGAUGUUUCAUAGGAGUUGCUUUAACGUUGAUACUAUUGAUGUGUCAAUUUUGUUUAGUUUUUGUGUGUCGUGCAUACCUUUUGGACGGACAGGAUCAUUGGACGCGGACCUGGACAAGACAUGUUCGUUUUAUUUAGGUGUAGUCGAUGUAGGUUCGAUUUAUACCUAGUACAAACGGAAAGUCAUUUAAACAUAAAACUUCGGAAAUAUUACUUAAAAGACACUAAAUAUUUCGUUUCAUAUUCGAUCAUUCCAGAGUUUGCAAUGUGCACCUUACCUGUAAACUGUUACACUGAACUAAUUAAAAAAAAUUACAGAUUGUUCACAAAAGUGUACGAAAUAACAGCUUCAAAGCUCUUUUUCAUACGCGUAUAUCUAUAGAAAACACUCCCAGCUAUUGGUCCGAUUUUCUGAAGAAAAAUUCAAUUUGAGAAAGGUCACAAGAACGCACAAUACUUAAACUUUAGGUACUUUAUUCUAACGCACAAAAUUUCGAGUUAAGAGCGAAUAGCACAAAGGUAUGUCCAAGAUACAAAAUCACAGAAAUAGAAUGCAGUAGUAACAUGCAGGAAAAAAGGUUUGAAAGUUAAAGAUUUUAGUUUGAAUUUGUGGUAAAACGAUAAGAAAUCUCAGCGACAAUCUAGGUCAUUUGCCAUCUUGGUAUUAUUCUAAGCUAAAAUACAAUCUAAGAGUGAACACUCUCGAUUUGGGACCACAGUGACCUGUAUAUAUUUUAAAAGGAUUGUUGCUUUAUAAUUCAGGCAUUUUCCUGCAUAUGUCACUGUUUGUAUCAGUUUUUGUAUAUCGAACUCAAAACUGGCUGUUUCAUAGUAUAUUGUACCGUUAGGUUCAUGUAUUUUCAUCUAUAUAACCAUAUUAUCCUCAAUAUAUGGUCACACUAAAUCUUAAUACAUCAUUAAGAGGAUUGUAGAACCGUAUACUUGCUCUUGCUUGUAAAGUCCAUAAAAAAUGUGAACCAUAUUUGUUGAAAUAAAGCAGCGUACUUCAAUUCAAGGUUAUCAUAAUAUAAAAAUGCUAUCUUCUUCCGUCAGUUAUCCUUUAAAAUGGUUAAAAAUUUCAACUAAUCCCAAAUCAAAACUGAAUGGUUUGAAGCGCACUAACAGCUUUUCAAAACAAAAAUCAAAGAUCGCAGAUAUUGAAAAAAAAAUGUUUUACACAGAACGGUUUUUCAAAAAUGCCAAUUUUUUUUGCAGAGAAUUUUGUAGUACUACCAAUUUGGAUAUGAUUCAAGGGUUCACAAGAAGUUAUGCCGUUUUUUUUACGUUAAGGUACGUGUGGACUGGUCUAUCUCGGGUUUGCACGUACGAUAUGAAGUGGAUUUUAUUUGGAUGUCUCAACUGGUUUCAACAUCAUACCACUCAUAAGUCAAUUCUGUUUAGCCCUUGCGUACUGUAAGUGCGUUUCGACCAUCAAGAAAUUUUGCAAUCACAAAAGUACAGAUCUAGUUAUGUGAAAAACAUGCUCUUAAAAUACUUUCAAAGUGUAUGACAGCACAAAAAUGUUAUUUUUAUGAUAGUUAUCCUGAAAAAUAAUGACCAAGAAUUUGAAAUGGCCGUUUACAUUAUUUUUAUAAAGUCAAAAUUAAUUCCGUUAAUGUGAAGAUAAAGUGUUUCGAAAAAAAAAAGAAUCGCGCCGCGUGUGUCACUGUCGUGUUGCUCAUCUCACUGAUUUCAUUUUUUUGAAACCUUUUUCUGAACAUCAAAACCUUGCGAACUGAACAUUAUCAGAAAGCAAGAGCAUUAGCCAUCCAGAAGUGUGAAUUUAGCGUGGCCAUUGAAUUCCGCAAUAAGCUGGUUUUUUUCUGUUAUUUUGUUUGUGUAAAGUUUUUCUUAGGCUGUGAUAUAUGUACAUUAAAAAUCGUACUGCUUCAGGAUUUCUUUCAAACUUAUCUGAUAUGUUUAGAUGUAGAAUUAAUGUUUUAGUCAUGCUAUAUGGACAUACCCCAUCUGAUUACUGUAUAGGAAGCUCAAAACUUGCAAAAUAUAUCUGGUCUAAUGGAGGAAUCUGAAUUCGAAGUAUCAGAAGAUUCAGUUAUUUCUUGCAAGUUCUGUUCGACGUUUCAUAAUCACGCACAAGUUUCUUUGGUUAAGAGAUAACGUACGUUUGUCAAAUAUAUCACGCACAAGUGGCUGGGCACUGGAAAUUAGCGAAAAAUUGUUCAGAGAUGGAAUAAGCGUGAUCUAUAUGAGUUCGUCAAAGCUAAGUUUCUUCUUUCCGCAAUAGUUAGAAAUCUACAUUGAAAGGUUAGUGACUUAUAUGGUAGAUGGUGCUAUAGUUAACUAUAUGCUCAUAUAUUUGCCUACAGCGCGAUCGAUGAGACACUAUCGUUAUGAAAGUAGAUUUCUAAUUAUUGCUGAGAUCAUAGAUCUUCAGGUAGAACAGGCAGAACGCGCUAAUCAAUAGGUAUGGUCAAAUGUUACACAAUACUUUCCACAAAAAUACAUGCUAAAAAACAAAUAGUUUUCACAUACGUAUUUGAUAUAGUUUUGAUUUUGUAAUAACACUUAAAUACUAUGACGUCUUGAAAAACGCUCAUUGUAGCAAUUUUUCGCAAAUUUCCUUUAGAGUGAGAUUCAAUGUCCUAAGCACAAACUUAUAUCUUGUGUAUCAUAUGCAACAGAACAGAAAAAUAUAGGCAUAGUUAUAGGUAACGCUGAGUAUCAAGCAAAGGAUAUAAGCUAAGUGUAUUCGUAUAGUGAUAGUGUUGGAAUCGAAAAUUUAAGGAACGUCACAAAAAAGCACAACAUUAAGGCGCACAAUGCGACAUAUACGUGUAAAAUUAUUAAGAAGGCUGUGUAAUAGUUGGAACAAAAUUGAAGCUGAAUUUGAUUCAUUGCAAAUUUUGAACAUAUAAGUCGAUGAGAAAAUAUACAUUUAGAAUGUACAACACCACAGAAAAAAAUUAAAAAAUUGUCCCAACAUGAAAAAAAUGAGACCGCCGCUUAAAUUAUACCAAAACAAAAUCAGAGACAAAAAUAAAGAAUUCGUAUCAAAAAAAUUAAUCAACCUAUAGAGAUCUGUCAUACUCAAUAUUACUAAAACAUAAAUUCAAGUCUGCCUCUCUCAAAAACAUACCAAGUAUCAAACUCAAAUACCAGAUUUGGAAAAGAUGAACAUUAUUCAGAAUUAACCCCAUUUGGAAUCUUAAGCUAUAGUGUGCAUCUCAAAUUUCAAGUAACUUAAACUCAACUACCGGAUUUUGGAAAUAUUAACUGUUCGGGCAAUAAAAGCGCGAAAACACAAGUGACAAGUAGCGCACAGUAUUUGGUAGAUAAGAAAAUAAGGUAGAUUUUACGGAUUAGGGCAUAAAGUAAUUUAGAAAACAAGUAUACGCACAAAAAUUAUGUAACAACAUUUAAAAUUAUUAGAAAAAUGCACCACGUCAAGUACCGUAUCUACUGCUUACAAUAAAGUUUCUUACCAACCAUAUAACAAACUAUCGUCAUGUCUCAAGCAACAUAAUAAAUUCAUGAACAAAUUAUUAAUGAGGCAAAUAUUUGAUAAUUGAAUUUGAUUGCCGAUGGGUAAAAUUAAAUAGAUUCAGACGAAAAUCUAAAGACCCUAGUAAGUGAUUGUGGUGCAAAUAUAAAACUGGAGAAAAUCAAAAAGCUCAAAAUUUUAACGCACAAAUCGAUGUCAUGAAAAUACGCACAAAAUCGAACGCACACUGCGGAUUUGGAAAAACUGACCCAAAAUUCCCAAAGAUAUGUCUUGUGAGAUAAAAUUAUAUACAACCUUCAUUAGCGCACAAAAAAUCGAAAUACAGUGCGUCUAUUACAACAGAUCUCAUCGAGGAUUACAGAAAAUAUUGUUUGAGCACAAAAUUCACGUUAUGGCAAUCGCACAUUAUCACGCACAAAAUAAUUGUCAUAAGGUAACGGUAAAUCAACACUGUUGCUUAUGAUACACAGGUUUCUUGGUUAGGAUAAUGUCAAAAACGCACAAGAACGAGUGCCUUGGGUGUUGUUAAGCGAGUAUAAUAUUCAUUGAAAUACAAUAAAUAAGAAACGUUUACGCAGCUUUAAAUUUGUAUAGUUUCUGUAAUACUAUGAAAUUAACACUGGCAUCAUCAGGUUACACAAUUCAGACAUUUUGUGUCUGAUUCAUGUAAUUUUCUUAUAAAAAAAAAUACCUGCACGUACAAAAUAUUUUUUAGUAAGGUGAUACAAAAAUGAUAAAUCAUACUUACUGGUACAAGAUUUCAGUAUCCAAUGUCCAUCUAACAGCUCCUCAGGCAUCCUUUUAUUUAUAUAAAUUACUUUUGGUUCAAUGAUAUGUGUCUAGUCGAAGUUGAAAAUGAAUUUUCUAUAUACUUUUGGAGAUUACACGUAUAAUAUCUGGAAAUACAUUUGUCAGCUUGAUGAUAUUGAAUUAAUUUUUUUCAAUUAUCUCAGAUUAUAUUUUGAAAGUACGUAAUAUACCUCAAGCACACAUCACAAAAUUAUGUGUCUAUAAAAAUAUAAAAAUUCAUUAGUUUGGACAAUCACAUUCAAAAUUAUUAUAAAAGCGUACGGUAAAAUUCUAGUACAUUUAAAAUGUUGCAAAGCAUGUCUUCGUGUAUUGCAAAACACACCACAGUUUAAUAUAAAAAGGCUUAGGGACCAAAUUUCGCUUGUUCUAGAUAAACUUUUCCCACAAAUUGUUCUAAUGAAAAUCGCCAUUUUAUGUGAUGUCAACAAUUGUCUCAAAUUUCCAACAGAAUAGUGAUGUGUAUAAAGUUUUCCACGUAAAACAAACAUUAGGGGACCUCAACUCAAAAACACUGCUAUACGAAAGAUAACUUCAUGUUCUGUUUUGUAACUUUAGUUAUAGCAGCAAUUAGAACACGAUCGUAUGUUUCAUGCAAAUACAACUUUCCUCGAUUCGAAAUAUUGAAAACAAAUAACAAUUUGAACAGCACUGAUGACGUGUACAUGAACGAAUCUAAAAAGAUGUCAUUUUGAAAUCAAAAUAUUCCGUACUUUCGAAAUCUUUUGGCAUCUUCCAACGUUAAAAUUAAUUUAUCAUACCUAUCAAAUUCAAGUUAACAUGGAUCUUUCAGAAAAAAAAUGUCAUCAAAUCAAACAUUUCUGCCUAUUACAAUACGCUUCUUAUUUAUUGUAUACAUCACCUUAGGAGGAUUUUAACAUCAAAGGCCAUGUACUCUUUUUAAUAAUGAUUAGAUGACGUUUGAUGGGCGAAGUAUGUAUAAAUUUUCCCGCGUAUAUUUAAGACUGCUUUGAUAAUUGAGAAAGAAGUUGCUCAAAAACAUUUGUCGCGCCUCACAAAUGGAGAAAGCGGUUUUCCACUUAGACGUUUCCUAUCCCUCUCUCAUAUUCUCAUAAACAAGCACUAACGCUGAUAAUCUGUAUACUUACGUACCUAUUCACGGUGGAAUAUUGUCUUCACUAUUUACAAUGUCCAACACAGGUUUUAACGAAUUAAUUUAGGAUCAUUGCAGAUUCAGUCGUUUAUCACUGAAAAGUAUUGGUAUUGAUUAACAUACUUUACCUGAAGAGAGCCAAUCUUAGACGUCCAAAAAAUAUCCGAGAAGUUAUCACGGCUAUGUUUCUCCUUUCCGCACUGCUUAUAAAUCUAAUUUGAUAAGGUUAGUGUCUCAUAGAUGACGCAGUGGCCAAAUAUAUUAUAUAUACUAAUAUAGUUGGCUAUAACGGCAUUUAUGAUACUCUAACCUUUUCUUAGUAGAUUUCCUAUUUCUGUGAAAAGGAGAAACAUAGCUGUGGUAAAUUCACAUAGAUGUCCAUCUUGGACACUUUUUUGGACUCGGGGAUAUAGUAUUAGGCUGGCUAACUUCAGGGUAUACUUAAAUCAAUGACAAGGGUCACAUUUGAGAUGUUGCUUGAAGAACGUUCCUCCACAGAUCUUAAAAAUUUGGGAAAUUUGCAAAAUUUUCGAAAAUGCACGAUUUUACGCAAUUUUCGGAACUAUCAAAGUUUUCGAAAUGUUUAAGGUAUUGAAAACUGUGAAGAUUUUGAAGAAUUCUCAAUAUUUUGAAAAUUUGGAAAUUUCGAUAAUAUUGGAAGUUUUGAGUAAUUUAAAUAUUAUCAAAAUUGUGAAGAUAUUGGGAAUGCUGAAAUUUUUGGUUAUUCAAUUAUUUUUAAAACAUUUGGCAGUUUUUAAAACGUAGAAAAUCGGGCAAUUCCGAAAAUCCUGCAAAUUUUCCAAGUUUAAUUCUAUCUGAAGAUGCCCAACCUAAUACUAUAUUCCUGCGUUCAAAAAAUUAUCCGAGAUAAUAUGAGAUACCGUAGCGUCAUCUAUGAGACUGUAUCACAUUUGUUUCUCUAUUUACUAGAUAUACUACUAUAAAAAAGUGAGUGUCCCAUACCUGUAGCUGUGCUCACAUAUUGCUUUGGUUAAAGCAUUAUCUAUGGGACACAAACCUUUUCAAGGUAUAUUUCGUAUAUUUAUAGAUACACAGCUGUGACAAAUUCUCAUGGAUGCCGGUGAGGUAUGCGUAUCUCAUAUUAUUUCGGAUAAUUUUCUGGAUGCAGGAAUAUAAGAUCAGGUUGGCUAUCUUGAGCUGGAAUACGUAAUCACUGUUUAAAAUGCACAUGUAAAUCCUGCUUGAACAUUCCUUCAGGAAGUAUUUUUAGUUUUUAAAAUCCAAGGAGAUAAUUCCUUAAACAGUACUGACUCCUCAAGGAACGUCUUUUUUCGGUAGAAUAAGUAUGGUAGUAACGAGGAAAAUAUUCGGACAGGUCGUAUUUCCUAUGGUUUUAGAGUUAUUUUGGAGUUAUCCCAUUUCAAGACAAACAUAUCAGUCGCAGAAAAAAGGCCUCUGUUAAUCCAAGUUCCGUCGUAUUGUGCCUUUUGCGUAAUUUUACAUCGCUCUCAGAAAAUCACGUACUGUCUGCAUACCUAAAUUCAGAAAGUUUCUCACCACAGAUUAGUAAUUUGAACAUUCUAAAUCUAAAAUAAUGUCCAGAAAUCGUUUUACAAUUUUCUUUUAACAUUAAUCACGUUCAUCAAUUUUAAGUAAAGUUUUUAUAUCUGAGAAAUACAUCCCCCGCGAAAGGUAAUAAUCAUUCGAGUACCCAUAUUUUAGAAGAGUUAUUCGCCAAAGAAAACUGGAUUUGAACAUUCAAAAAUAAAUCGUCUAGAAAUUGAUCGUGCAAUUGUCAUUUAGCAAAAUUUUAUUUUUCAACGUUAAAUUCUGGCUUCUAUAUCUCAAAAAUGCAUAUUGCACAAAAAAUAAUAAUUCGAGCACCCAUAUUUCAGAAAAAUUAGUUGUUCAAGAAAAGUGAAUAUAAACAAUCUAAAACACUUCUAAGUUGUUCAGAAAUUGUUUGUACAAUUGUCAUUCAGCAAUCAAUUGGUUUCUUAUUUGCAAAUGCAUCUCACACAAAAAAAUCAUUUAAGUUUCUGGAGAGUUAGUCAAUCAAUUUUACGAUUUUCAUUGACCAAAAAUUCAAUGUUAAAUUAUUACUUCUAUAUCUGAAAAAUGCAUAUUCCACAAAAAAUGAUAAUUCGAGUACCCAUAUUUCAGAAGAGUUAGAUGUCAGAGAAAAGUGAAUAAGGACAUUCCAAGAUACUUAUCAUUUGUCCAGAUAUUGCACAAUUUUGAUUCAGAAAUAAAUUGCUUUCAUCAAUUUUGAGCUAUGGUUUUUACAUCUGAAAAAGGAUCUUACACAAAAAAUCAAUCGAUUAUCUACUUUGCUGAACACUUAGUCGCAAAAGAAAACAAAAUUUAAACAUUCCAAAAUAAAUCGUUCAGAAAAUGAUUUUGCAAUUUUCAUUGCAAUGAGCAAAAAUUGCUUUCACCAAUCUUAAACUCUGACUUCGAUGCCCGAAAAAUGUAUGUUCCACAAAAAAUAAUCAUUCAUACCCACAUUUCAGAAGAGUUAGAUGCUAAGCAAAAGUGAAUUUGAGCCAUCAAAAAUACUUGUAAAUUGCCCAGAAAUUGUUUGUACAAUUUUCAUUCAGCAAUAAUCCAAUAAUUGCUUUCAUCAAUUUUGAGAUCUGGCAUUUAUAUCUAUAAGAAUAAAAAUUGCUCUCAUUAAUGAUGUUAAAUUUUGACCUUUGUAUGUGAAACAUGCAUUCACUACAAAAAAUUACUGUUGGACCACCAAAAAUAAAUUUUUCACAUUACCAUACUUUUACAAAAACUUCUAUUAUGUAUAUAGUAUGGUACGUGGUAUUGUGAGACAAAUUCAAGUUAUGCACUUUCUUGAUGUUAAAAUUUCCCACACGCAACACCUAAAAACUAAUUGUGGGUUCCUUAUGUGCCUUUUUGGGAUAACUAAACUAUCCAGAACAUAUCACAUCAAAAGGCCACCUAAAAAUUUUGUGAGGCUACGAGAUAUGUUUUGAGCAAUCUUACUAAUUCAAAAAGAUCCUAAAUUUCCUAGAAAUGAAAUAUCUUGCACAAGCGGCUUACAACAAAUUCAAACAAUAAGAAAAAAAAGCUGCAGAUGUCAACGACUGACCCACUAUGGAAAUUAGUGAAGAUUAUUUACCACGGUACUUCAAACGUCGUACCAUACAACACAAACCACUGAAUAUUUGGUGACAUUUAUAAUUAAUAGCGAUACCGAUCCUUCUGUGUGACUUGUUUUGCAAAAACUAGUUAACAAGGUUCCUGUAUACAGUUAUAACGAACAACGAACCAAUGACUAAGAAUUAAAUAAAUUAUCAACCAAUAUUUGGUGGGAAUAAGUGCCUCUAUCUACUACUAAAUUUACACUCUUAUGCCUACCGUACAAAAUUAUCACAAGAGGCACUGAAAUAUAUGUCAGAAUGUGUUGUAUUGUGGUAAAUGAUUUAGGUAAAAGCUCUCAAAUUUCAUUUCUCGGGCAUAAAUGCAUGCACAAUGUAAUAUUAAAUUGUAAAAUAUUGCAUGUUGGUGUGUGAAUUAUUAUAAGCUGAUUACUAAACAAAAAAAUCAACUAUUGGAAAAGGAUAUGUUUUCAAUCUGAUUAAUAUACAUUUAUGUUUAUGGGCACAAAACAUAAAAGUAUAUUUCUUGAGAUAAUUUGAAAAACUACACAGUUAUUGAAAUUAUUUGAGAUUGACGCGCAUCAAUGAUAAUAAUCAAUACACCAAAAAUUAGAUGUUUAACUUUUGGUUACGGUUUUCAGAACGUUUCGGUAUAACAAUCUUUGAAAAUCAUACAGAGGAUAUAAACAAAUGCCAAAUUUGGCAUCUUUUUCUUGACAGUUUCCGGAUAAGAAAUCAAAAAUAUACCUACUCGUAAUUUUUUGUACUUUGUAAUCAUUAUGUAACGUUGUACCAAAAUGUAAUUAUUAAAGUUUGAACCCAGGUGCAGAAUUAACAUUUAUCAAUACCAAAGACUUAUCUUGCCUUAUUAUAACUUACGCACAGAUUUUGCACAGUUCGGGGUUAAUAUUUGAUCAGUUGUAUAAAAUCUCAAAUAAGUCCAUAACUGGUAAAUACCAAAAUUUGACAAAAACACUUCAAAAGUGAGCUCCGUAAUAGCAAAACGGUACUAUAUUCUUGUAAAUAGUCAAAAACGCACACUUAUCUUUAGGCUAUAUGAAGGAGAUGAUUAAAAUUUGAUAAUAUUCGGCCGCUAGAGACUAAAGAAUUCGAAGUGUAGUAAAUAUUGGCAAACGUUGAAUCGUUUUUUCAUAAUAGUUGAAAUAUCUGAGGAUCUUUACAAAAAAGGGUACCAGGGUACAAAAAACAAACUGUAAUGUGGUUUAGAAACAGGGCUUGCUGUCAACGGAAUAACCAAAGUGAAGUUUUGGACAUGAAUAAAGGAAAGCAACAGAACAUAUUUUAACAUAUCUGGAGUAUGAAACCAUGUCUGAAAAUUCUGCGUAUUAAUCAUUUAGUUAUACAUUUUAUGAUAUGUGCACUUGCAUAGAAGGUUAUUAAUUUAUUUACGUAUUUUUCAUUAUUUUAAGAAACUAAAAAUGAAAGCAAAACAAAAAACUAUGAAAAAGCUGAACCAGAAAAACUAUUGAUAGACACAUACGAUACAAAAAUUACAUUUGUAAAAUAGAUUCCGUGUAUAUAUCAUGUUUAUAUAGAAUUCUAGUUCUUAGAAUAAUGAAACCAGUUUUUGUUGGAGACUGGGCGUAUUUAUUUCUUGUGAUAUUUUAAUCUACGGUUGUUACAUUUUUGGAAAUAUAAAGUUGGCAACACAAUUAAAUACAGUUGAUAUAAAUAUAUUUUAAAACAUUACUCAAGUUUUAUAUUAUACAACAUUUAUUUUAUUACAGAAAUUCAUAGUGAGUUAAUUUGAACAUAUGCCUGAUAAAAAAUCAGCAUUUGGAAAAUAUCUUAAUUUGGGAUGAUUAAAAUUAUAUCUGGUCAAAUGUCUCAAUACUACCUAUCAAGUAUAUUUGGAAAAUGAUAUGGCACAAUAUUUUUUUAAUUGUGUUGACACUUUGAAAAUUGUGAUAAUAACGUUUAAGGACUUGAUUUUAUCUUUACACACAAUAAUUUUAUAUGGGGCGAUUAAAAAUAGUUUAUGGAUAAAAUUUUGUCAAAAGCUUAACGUCGGUAUAUAUUUUUUGUAUGAAACCACUGUUCUCAUUGAUGCUUGUUACUAUAAAAAACUCAAGAUGCUAAAAUCCUUUAACAUGCUGGAUUUUUUUCAAUAAAAAAAUAUAUAUCAGGGCCUGGUGUCAUGGCUAUACAGUUAAAAAAAUGUGAAAUUCAGAUAGCAAUAUUAUGCAAAAUAAUGAGAUAUAAUUAAUAUUCAAUUAACAUAUGCAAACCCUGUAUAAUUUUAUUGUGACUAUAAUAAUUAUAUAUUAUUAAAAAUAUUGCGAUCUCAUACGAAAUAGCCUGUUCUUCAAAUAUUCUACAUGUAUGUAGGUUUAGUUAGUAGAAGGCAGCAUCGUGUAUCUUCUUAAAAAUUGAAGAAAUAUUGGCAUGCAUUUUUCAAAAAGUUAUUGCCACGUCUUAUGCAUAGCUAAUUCCAAUAUUCACAAACUUUACAUACCUAUUCAAUUUUAGCUUUCGCCUAAAAUGUGAGAAUUUGUACAUUUUUAUUCAUCUACAAAAGUUGUUAUAACCCCAUUUACCAUAUUUUGAUGUUGUGAGUAGACAAACAGAGAUCUCAACAUUUUUAAAAUCCAUCGUCAAGUGGAAUAAAUGAAAAAAACUGCUUAAAACUAAAUUUUUGCAAUAAUAAAACAUAUAAUACAUUUCAAGCGUUUUUCAGAUAAUAAAUUUGUCUCAACAAUUCACAUAAUCUCCAUCAGUUUUCUUCAUUGACCGAAAAACUUGACAACUGCUUGUUUAUAUAAAGUUUACUAUUGUUUCAAUUUUGGUUAUAAUGUAUGCUUGUUUCCUAUAUAGACAAGCAGUAAUUCUUCCACACAAGUUAACCAAUUUGGCGUUUAGAAUAAAAUUAAGGUAUCUAGAUUCCGUUAUACGGAUAAAAUAGCAGUUUUUUCGUGUCUAGGAAAUAGAAAUAAAUGUUUAAAUCUCAAAUAUUGGACUCCAUAAAAAUUAGUAUUGUAAUUUUAUUCGAAUGAGUUUCAAUCCCAGGCAACACACUGUAAAUAUUAUUUUUAAGAUUCAUAUAUGA